AAUAAGUCCAUCCAUGAAAUUUCCUUGCUACUAAAUAUUCCACCGUCAACUGUUAGUGGUAUUAUGACAAAGUGGAAGCAACUGGGAACAACAGCAACUCAGCCACGAAAUGGUAGGCCAUGUAAAAUGACAGAGUGGGGUCAGCGCAUGCUGAAGCAUACAGUGCGCAAAAAUCACCAAUUGUCUGCAGAGUCAAUAGCUAAAGACCUCCAAACUUCAUGUGGCCUUCAGAGAGCUUCAUGGAAUAGGUUUCCAUGGCCGAGAAGCUGCAUCCAAACUUUACAUCACCAAGUUCAAUGCAAAGUGUUGGAUGCAGUGGUGUAAAGCACGCUGCCACUGGACUCUAG